CGCGCCGCCCACCCCCGCCGCCUGCCGCGCUGCAGGCGCCCGGCGGUCUCGGGUCCUGGCCCUUUAAGGCGGGUGGUUGCGGCAGCCGCGCUCGGGGCGGGGCAAACAAUGCGCGCCACUCGGGGCCAGAUCCGCAGCGGUAAGUAGGGGCGAGGCCCGCCUCGGGCUGGGCUGUGUCACUGCACUCCCGGUGUAGGACCCGUCCCACGUGGCUGGGGGUCCCGAAGGGCCCAGUGGACCGGCUGCCCGACCCCCACUUCCACCGGUUCCCGGAGCACUGGGGCCCGCCGGAAGCGACUUUGAGGGAGCAGAGAGCUGGAUGCAGGUGACAUGGCCCUGGUGCCCUACGAGGAGACAGCGGUAAUGGGCUUGCAGAAAUUCCACAAACCUCUUGCCACCUUCUCCUUUGCGAACCACACGAUCCGGAUCCGGCAGGACUGGAGACAGCUGGGAGUCGCCGCGGUGGUUUGGGACGCGGCCAUCGUUCUCUCCGCGUAUCUGGAGAUGGGAGCUGUGGAGCUGAGGGGCCGCCGUGCGGUGGAGCUGGGGGCCGGCACCGGGCUGGUGGGCAUAGUGGCUGCCCUGCUGGGUGCUCAUGUGACUAUCACGGAUCGAAAAGUAGCAUUAGAAUUUCUUAAAUCAAAUGUUCAAGCCAACUUACCUCCCCAUAUCCAACCCAAAGCUGUUGUUAAGGAGCUGACUUGGGGACAAAAUUUGGGGAGUUAUUCACCUGGAGAAUUUGACCUGAUACUUGGAGCUGAUAUCAUAUAUUUAGAAGAAACAUUCACAGAUCUUCUUCAGACUUUGGAACAUCUCUGUAGCAACCGCUCCGUGAUUCUUUUAGCUUGCCGAAUUCGCUAUGAACGGGAUAACGACUUCUUGGUGAUGCUGGAGAGGCAGUUUACUGUGACUAAGGUUCACUACGAUCCUGACAAAGACGUACAUAUUUACGAAGCACAGAAGAGAAACCAGAGGGAGGACUUCUAGUUGGCUGUAAUUUUUAGGAAUGUUGUUAUUGAGCGUGUCGGUGAAGGUCUUAGCCUGGGAAUUGAACCACAUUUGAUGAAAUGGCUCCUGAACAAAAAGUCUAACCAACCAAAGGUUCCCAAGGGACAAAGCACAUGUGCCGUUUGAAAACAAAGUGGCACUUUGUCCCACUGCUGUGACUUCAUAGUCCUGUUUUACUCUGAAAAGUCCAACUAGCAUUAAAGGAAUGUAUGAGAUAUCUGUAUCCCAUACUGCCCCCUCUUGGUAAACAAUUUUCACUGGUGAUAGAAUGAAGGGCUGGUAUAAAAGGGCCUUCAAAGCAGUGAGCUUGUUUCGGUGAGGCUAACCCAUGCAAAUUUUAUUAAAUACAUUCUGAGAUACAUGUUUAGCCCAGUUUUCUAAUUUUCUGAAUAUAAAGCAAGAGGCUUAAUGUAUAUUCCCUGAGCUGUUGAUGCUCUUGAAAUCUUUUGUCUGCCCCAUUUAGGUUUUAAGCAUUACUUUUGGUUACUUGAGAUUAGGAUGUGAGUUCCCUGAGGUCUCAUUUCAUGCUUUUUGGCUUCAUUUCCGAUUUAGGCAUACAAACAAAUGAAGUAAAAGUAAAAGUUGAGUUACGUCUUGAAACCACCAUGUGCUGUGCCUGGGAUGUCGUCUUCAAUAGCUAUAGUUGUCCCCUGGCACUCCCCUUUCUCAGAUGUUGUGUUUGUAUUUCUUUCCUAGGCUUUCCCCUCCUUCGUAUAAUGCAUAAGAUGACGUUGAAAACAGUUCGAAAUCUCACCGCUUCAUGGGAAGAGCUCCCCGAGAAGCUCCUUCCACGUUGUGCUUGUAAUUGCUUAUUCCAUGUCUGGAUUCCCCAGAAGAUGGGGAGCUUCUGGGGGCCAGGACUGGUGCCUCCUCCAGGGCUGCGUCCCAGCAGCCAGUGUCUCAGGGCCAAAUAUUCAGUGAAUGAAAAACUUCAUUCCAUUUAGAGGGUACUGGUAUUUGGGUUAAAUGACUGCUACAUUGUUUUAUGAUUAUCUUUGACAGACUUUAUGAAUGAAGUCUCUCUCUCUCUCUCUCACACACACACACCCCCCCCCCCUUUUUUUUUAAGCAAUGUAAAAGCUUGACAGUUUAAACAAAUUCAGAUGACAAGAAUUAAAAUCUCAGUAUGGUCGAGGGUACUGGAGAUAGAUCUUUGUAAAUCAUCGGAAACAAGACCUCCUUCCUCUUAACCUUUUAAUGACUACCUUGGAUGUGAAAAUACCCAAUACAUUAUUUUCUACAUAUAUUUUAGAGGUUUUACUUUUAAUAAAGAUGAAUUAUGCAUUAAA